AUGCAUAACACUGUCGGCCACUUUUUCAGAAAAUCCAUCUUCAAGCCUGAAGUUGCUCCUUUGAUUGCCAUUCUUGGUACUGCCCUUGGAGGUGCCGUCUUUAUGACUGUCAAACAAUCCCGUGCUCCUGAUGUCUGCUGGGACCACAAGCAUAACCCUUACCCAUGGCAAGAAAUCAAGGCUGGAGAACAAGUCAAGCUUAUGGCUUUGAAUCAAAAGUACGAUAGCCGCUGGGAACGCAGCAAGUGGUAA